GGGUGUGGAAGAGUACCAGCGGAGCUUCUGUCACUGUCAGCCCGUACCUCAGUGAGUGUCGCUGGGGCAGCAGCCAUGGUUCAGACGUGCUCCGCGUACGGUUGUAAGAACCGCUACAACAAAGACAAAGAUAUUUCCUUCCACAAGUUUCCUCUGGCCCGUCCAGAUAUUUGUGGAAAAUGGGUCGCAGCGAUGAGGAGGAACAACUUCAAGCCAACAAAGUACAGCAACAUCUGCUCGCAACAUUUCACCAAAGACUGCUUCAAGAUGGAGUGUAACAACCGAGUGCUGAAGGACAACGCCGUGCCAUCACUCUUUACCUUCAACCUCAACAUGAAGACCCUGGAUGAUCCCUUCACCUCAGAGAUCCACUUCCCCCUCUCCCUCCCUCUGACCUCUGACCCUGUGGCGGCGGUGAUGGAGGAGCCAGGGAGGAGCCUUCCAAUCAUCUGGGGCAACACGGUGUCGGUCUCCUGCGACCACAACUACACAGUGGAGGACUCUGCUCGGCAGAGGAAGCGCAUCGAGCAGCUGGAGAGCCAGGUGGGCUCUCUGAGGAAGAGGCUGAAGACGAUGCAGCAGAAGUGUCGGCGGCAGGAGAGCCAGCUGAAGAGGCUGAAGGCGGCGUGUGCAAAGCCAAAGACGAGCCUCGAGCUGCCGGCGGCGUUCGGAGAGAGAUUUGUGAUUUUACCCAAGCACAUCUACCACACACUGAAAGGUAUCAAGUAGAGGAACAGAAGGAGGCAGUGUGUGUUAAUCUGGAAUCUGCAGCAGCCAGGCCGUCUGCUGAGGAGCUACAGAGACGGCUGUGAACCCUGGAGAUGAGAGCUGAAGGACUCAAGGGUUCAGGAGAGCUCAGACAGGAUGUGGAAGACUUGAGUCUGAUUUGGUGGAAACACCAAACUCCUUACAUAUCAUCUUUUGUACUUUAUUUCUCGUGGUUGGUUAGUUUUCCUCUCUGCAGUGGAACGACUUCAAAAUAAGACGUUUGACUUUUUGAGUUUUUUGUUUGCUCUUAAAUUAUUCUAAAAGAACAGUAGAGUAUUUUGACUUCCAUAGGAUCAACCACGAAGCAAGAUAAGAAGGUAAUCUGGUCUGUUGAGCCUUAAGUCUGAGUUUUUAAUGUCAUGAAGCUGGCUCUUUUACUCGUGACUCUAAUUUCAUAAGGCUGGCUACACAUGAGGCAAUUUUCAGAUCCAAGCCAAUUUUAAAACAUGGUAGCCCACAGACAUGAGGACUAGGGGUGCUCUGAUUGCAAUUUUCUGGCCGAUCAACAAUCUUUAAAAAGCCUGACCUGCCGAUUCCGAUUUUGGCCGAUACCAAUUUUUUUUUUUUAUA